AUGUCGAAGACUCUCGAAGCUCAAUUCGAGCAUCUUUCUGUCAAUGACGAGAAUGAGCCUCCUAGCAACUCCACAUACUAUCAGAAAUCAAAGGUCGGUGUAACGACCACCUUGAGCUCUUCAGCAUCAACAGCUCAACUUAACAGCAAUGCAAACCGCUCAAACCUGCUUAAGUACGCCUUGCAGAAUAACACCAAUGGCUCAUCUCCCCGAAGACCCCAGGGAAAUAUCAGUCUAAUAUCCUCUUCCCGAAUUUCCAACGAGGAAACUUCUAUUGUCCAACGCUCUUCCCAUCUCUUAUACGAGCAACCAUCUGCCCCAAAGAAAUUCCACCUAGGGAUGUUUGAAAUCGGAAAACCUCUAGGAAAGGGAAAGUUUGGACGAGUAUAUCUUGCUAGGGAACGAUCAACUGGCUUUGUCUGCGCCCUGAAGGUCUUGCACAAGAGCGAGUUGGUUCAGGGCAAAGUCGAAAAGCAACUGCGUCGAGAAAUCGAGAUACAAAGCAAUUUGAGACAUCCAAACAUUUUGCGCUUAUAUGGCCAUUUCCACGACAGCAAGCGGGUUUUUCUAAUUCUGGAGUUUGCGGGCAACGGAGAAUUGUACAAGCAUCUACGAAAAGAAAACCGUUUCCCCGAAUGGAAGGCUGCGCAAUACAUCGCCCAGAUGGCUGCUGCAUUGAAAUACCUACAUAAGAAGCACGUCAUGCACCGUGAUAUCAAGCCGGAGAACAUUCUUGUUGGCAUUCACGGUGAAAUCAAAAUCAGCGACUUCGGCUGGAGUGUCCAUGCUCCAAAUAACAGGAGGAAUACGAUGUGCGGCACCCUGGACUACCUGCCCCCCGAAAUGCUUCGACCUGGAUCGCAGGACAAUUACUACAACGAGAAGGUUGAUCUGUGGAGUUUGGGGGUUCUUACAUAUGAAUUCCUCGUCGGGGAGGCUCCGUUCGAAGACACUCCGGUUAUGACACAGCGGAGGAUCGCAAGGGGUGAAAUGAAGGUACCAUCAUUUGUGAGCCCUGAAGCUAAGGAUCUCAUCAAAAAGUUGCUGGUUCUCGACCCGGAAAAGCGAAUCCCUCUCGAAGAUGUGCAACAACACCCAUGGAUCAUCAAACAUUGCCUUAAAGGCGAGCGGGCAACAAAGCGGAGCUCAGGAAACAAAGAGAGCAAAUAG